AUGAGAAAGACUACUCAAUUCACAUUAUUACUGCUUUUUUUCAUAUUUACUUUUGUCCUUGGGGAUGGAGAUAUGGAUAUGGAUUCUGGUGAUCGUCCAGAAUUCCAUCCAAUUAAUGCCGGAUCAAAAGCUUUUCAUUGGAUUUUGACUUUAUUCAUGUUAUUGAUUUUAACAUCUAUAAGUGCUUGUUUAGCAUUUGCUAAUAGAGUUCAUUGGUCUGUCCUUUUACAGUAUAUUUGUACUGCCUACAGUAUUGUCGAAUCAUUGUUUUUGCCUUUCCCUGAUAAUGUUGAUAACCAUGAAAAUCGAACUUCCAAAGGUACAUCAUGGUUCCUUAGCAUUUUGUUAGGUGUUACUGUCUUUGUUGGCACGUUCAUUACUGGUAGUAACUUGGUAAUUAACAAGUUUUACCCAAAAUUGGCCAAGAAUUACAACGAAUAUGGAGUAUCAUACAAGAUUUAUAAAGCAUUGUCUCUCAUGGUGGUUUUGACAGGUUGGGCAAGGGUAUUGUUAGCACCAGUGGCAUUAUUUGGCUUCUGUUAUGGUGUUCAUUGUGGACAAUGUAUUGCUCAUUUCAUCAUGGGUUCAGCAUUUGUCGUAUAUUCAUUCAUUUUGUCAGUUAUGUUAAUUAUUCCUUGGAUCAGAAAGCAUCAAUUGCAAUCAACAAAUUCUUCAAGUUUUGUUUCACCAGAAAUGUAUGACUCCACGGUGAUGAUGAUCUGGGGUGUAGUCAAUACAUUCACGGAGCAUAGAUGGGGCCGUGAGUCUUGGGGAAUGCUGGACUUUCAGCACACUUCUAUGGGUAUAGUGUGGUGGGGAGGUGGGUUGUUGGGGAUGUAUUUGUCUCGAAACAACCGUAGAACCUUUGUUCCUGCAUUAUUAUUGAUAUUUACUGGUUACGCUAUGUCUGGACAUGUUCAACAUCUCGCUAUUUCUACUAAAGUUCAUGCCUUCUUUGGGAUUGCCUUGACUGCUGCUGGGGUAUCCAGAAUUAUCGAGAUUCUGUUUUUGUUGAAAGAUAAAUCUUGUGAUCCAUCCGGUAAGAUAUUGUCAUUCCAACAUUUCCCACCAUUUUGCUUAACUCUUGCUGGGGUAACGUUUCUGGGUGCAACCGAAGAACAAUUACAAAUGGCUUAUGACUUAGGAUCGGACCAUUCUGCAUAUCUUUUGGUUCUUUCUUCAGCAGCAUUUUUGAUAUAUCUUUGGAUACAAUUAUUGCUUUUGUUUUAUUUACGAUUGGUUGGAUAUAAUGAAGAUGGUGAGUUGAAUACGAAUCAAAUGUAUCAAAGUAUUGAAGCUGAAGAGUUUGAAUUAGGUGACAUCAGCGAUGAAGAGACGCAAGAAACACCAUCUGAUGUAAAUAGAUUUACUGAUUAA